AUGAAGGAACUUGACCCGGACGAGUCAAACCUUCUGUUCGAUAAUCAGAUAACAAUCCGGGAUGUGAUAGAACAAGGUCCGUUUUCAAAUGUGUACCGAAUACUACACGAGCCAUCGAAUCGGAAAUUUAUUAUGAGAUCAAUAAAUUUGGGCUUAUUCAAGAAACACACCGGAUUGGGGCCAGAAGAAGUCGACGAAGAAAUUCGGAUAUGUCAAAAUCUACAACAUCCUUACAUUUGUCGACUGGAGAAAAACAUCAUUAGUACAAACUAUCGACAUAUGAUCUUUGAAAAUAUAGAGGGGCAUGAUAUUUGUUUUGAAAUUGUUCAGAGAGCGAGUAGUGGAUUUGUAUUCUCGGAAUAUGUAGUGAGUCACUAUACAAAACAACUUCUAGAUGCGUUAGACUAUUGUCACAAUAAGAAAAUUGUUCAUAGAGAUGUUCGACCGCACAAUUUAGUUUUGGCGACGUAUGUUACGAAGAUUUCCGAGAAUCAAAAAAAUUCGAAUUUUAGAAAAGACACCUCGGCACCUAUGAAGCUAUGUGGAUUCGGAGUUGCAAAAGAUCUGUCAGAAAUAGGAGGCUCCCUGGCUUGCGGCCGCGUCGGCGUACCUCAGUUCAUGGCCCCAGAAAUAGUGCGAAAGGAUCGAGUGUCAUGCUCGUCGGAUAUCUGGUCUUCCGGUGUCGUCCUUUUUCUUCUACUCGCUGGGCGAUUACCUUUCACGGGCUCGACUUCCGAUAUCUACGAGAGAAUCAUGCACGCCGAUGUUGACGUUGACCGAUAUAUGCCCAAUAUAUCGGAAAGUGCUCGAAACCUCGUCCGUCGAAUGUUGUCUGCUGACCCCUCAAAACGAAUCUCGGCCAAAGAGGUAGUUGCACUGAACCACGAAUGGAUUAGAGACAAAGAGCAUAUGGCCAGUCGGAAGCAUAUGAAUGAUGUCAUUGAUCACAUGCGCAGAUAUAAUGAAUCCAGAAAGCUCAAGAGCAACGUGUUGUCGGCCGUCAAUAGUGGCAGGUUUGACGAGACGACUCCCCGGCUCGGCACGCCUCAAACCGCAUUCGUUGACGGAUCAUCGCCAGGUGGAGACUGCUGCCAACGUGGAGAAUCUACAUCCACUGAUGCCGCUGAGCCACCAGUGGACAAGGACUUAUCUGGAGCAUACAAGGUUCUGGGGAGCUUGGAUGCUAUCAACAGUCUACUUGACCCAGGAUCCUACAAACCCGGAAGUACUACAUUCCAAAAAAUUCAUGAUGAUGGAAGUGUCAGAAAUUUGCUAAGGUUGUAUGACAAAAUCAACGCGUUGCCGUGCGAGCCAGUGGUUACGGAGGUCGAUACGUCAACUCUUCGAAAAGAGACAGUUCUACAAAUCGACGGUCUUCUUGGUCCUAGUCCAGAAGCGUUGGAACUUCGACAAUUGCUCAACUCACGACAUUUAGCGAGUUGUGUUCAAGCUUUGGAUGUCGUUGUCUGUGAAAUCCGCGAUGCAAAAAAUGAAACGGGCGGUUCCGGUGACAAAGAUCCCAAUUGUGUCUCAAGUGAUCCUGCGCCAGCAUACUUAAACGGAGGCGUACUGCCAUUAGGUUCCCAGAGGGCCGGAACAUCCUACGAGCAUUUCAAUCAUUCGGCUGUCCACACGUCAUACGACGAAGAAGAGGAAGACUUGUACGACUGCAUGUCUCGGUUAAGGCUUGUUCAGUUCCAAAAGGAUACACAGGAGCCAAUGGGUAUCACGUUAAAGGUGAACGAGGAUGGAAGGUGUUUUGUGGCAAGGAUUAUGCAUGGUGGCAUGAUUCAUAGGCAAGCUACUCUCCAUGUUGGCGACGAGAUUCGCGAGAUUAACGGAAUGAGUGUUGCUAACAGAAGUGUAGAAUCGCUCCAGGAUAUGCUUCGUGAUGCACGAGGACAGGUCACAUUCAAAAUCAUUCCAUCCUAUCGAUCCGCGCCGCCAGCAUGCGAGAUUUUUGUUCGCGCCCAAUUUGACUAUGAACCAAUUCAAGAUGAUUUGAUUCCGUGUCCACAAGCAGGAAUUCCUUUCAAAACUGGGGACAUUCUGCAAGUGAUUUCCAAAGAUGAUCACAACUGGUGGCAAGCUCGAUUUGUGUCCUCAUUCCCAUCUAUAGGAAAUUCUUCUAAUGCGCAAAGAAGUAGCCAACAACAAGUCGCCGGUCUCAUUCCAUCUCCAGAACUUCAAGAAUGGAGGACUGCGUGUUUGGCAAUGGAGAGAUCCAAGAACUCUUGUAAUACUCAUUGCAUGUGGUUUAACAAAAAGAAGAAGUAUUACACGACAAAAUAUCUUCAAAAACAUUCGGCCCUGUUUGAUCAGCUGGAUUUGGUGACUUAUGAGGAGGUGAGCAAUGUUUUUAUUAGAGGUAAAAGUUUGAUUUAUUGUUUUCAGGUAAUGAGACUGUCUCAAUACCGUCGGAAGACACUCGUACUUCUUGGAGCUCAUGGAGUUGGUCGACGACAUAUAAAGAACACGCUGAUACAUAGACAUCCAAAUAGAUUCGCUUAUCCAAUUCCACGUAUGAAAAAUAAGAAAAACUAUUCAAAGAAUAUUAAACUUUCAGACACUACAAGGCCACCACGAAAAGAUGAGGUGGAUGGGAAACACUAUUAUUUUGUUACCAAUGAGCAGAUGAUGGCGGAUAUUCAGAACAAUGAGUAUCUGGAAUAUGGCACACACGAAGAGAGUAUGUAUGGAACCAAAUUGGAAACAAUCAGAAACAUUCAUAAAAGUGGAAAAAUUGCGAUUCUAGAUGUCGAGCCACAAGCUUUGAAGGUUCUCAGAACUGCUGAGUACUCUCCAUUUGUAGUGUUCAUUGCGGCUCCAAAUUUGCAAGGAAUGCAAGAUCCUGAUGGAUCUUUGGAGAAACUUCUGAACGAAUCAGAUGUUCUACGACAGGCUUUUGGCCAUCUUUUCGACUUCAUCAUCACCAACAGCGACAUCGACGACACAAUUUCUCAACUAGAACGAUUAGUCGAGAAACUUCCAGCUUACCCGCAAUGGCUUCCUGUCACUUGGGUCUACUGA